AUGGCUGAUCUUCAUCGAGAAUCUCUGUCGAAACUCACUGUGGCCGCAUUGAAAGACGAACUGUCGGCGAGGAAUUUGCCCACAUCAGGACUGAAAGAUGACUUGAUCGAACGUCUUCGAGAAGCUCUUGAAAGAGAGCAAAGUUGUGGUGGUAUAUCCGACGACGUUGGUGAAACGAAUGAGCAGAGUAAGAAAGCUACGGAAGAAAAGCAGAAGGAAGAAUCCGCAUUGGAAGACAAAUUAACGCAACUUUUGUCAUUCAUGACAGAAAUGAAAGCUGGACAAGUUGAAAUGAAAACAGAAAUGAAAGCAGGACAAGUCGAAAUGAAAGCAGGACAAACAGAAAUGAAAGCAGGACAAGUCGAAAUGAAAGCAGGACAAGCAGAAAUGAAAUCUGAGAUGAAGGAAAUUAAUAACGCCGUGAAGGUAGCCAAUGCUAAAGUAGAGGAAUUUGAAGGAAGAUUAGAAGAAAUGGAAAAGAAAUUUGAGAAAUUGAAGCAAGAAAUGGAAGUUCAAGUUACUGAAGAAUCAAGAGAGCCCUAUGAAACUCCUCAAGAAUUUGGAUUGGCUGCUGCAAAUCAAUCUCAAAAUGCUCGAUAUAUGCCUGUUGUCAACAGACCCUGUAUGAAAUUACUGCCGUAUGACGGACAAACAUCUUGGCAGGUGUAUAAGACGCAGUUCGCCAUUGUCGCAGAAGCUAAUGGCUGGGAUCCAAUUACCAAAGCUCGCCAAUUGGCUUCUUCUCUCCGAGCCGAAGCUGCAGAUAUACUGAGGACCAUUCCCGAUAAUGAACAGUUAAAUUUUGAUGCUCUUUCAAGUGCCCUAGAGUUGCGUUUUGGCGAGAAAUGCCUGAAGGAUUAUAGCCGACUUCAGUUAAAGACUCGCCAACAAAAACCCAACGAAACCCUUCAAGAGCUCGCAACGGACAUUGAAAAGCUGUCCCACCUCGCCUUCUCCGACUGUCCUACUGAAGUAAGAGAGACUUUAGCUGUGCAGUAUUUCGUCGAUGGCGUCAGAGACGUAGAAAUACAAAAAGCACUACGAAUGGCGGAAACUAAGGAUCUGAAGUCCGCUUUAGUCUACGCGAUCAAGUUUGAAGCGGCACAACAAGCAUCGAGAAGGGAUCGUCACUUUAUCAGAGGUUCGGAGGUGAAACGAGAUGAGGAUCCUUUACUUAAAGUUAUGACACAACUGUUAGAGGAGUUCCGGGGGAUGAAGCAGAGGUCUGGAGAGGAGACAGGCAAAUUUAAAAGAAACAACGCCCGUUGCUGGAAAUGUGGAGCAGAAGGCCAUCUCCAAAGGCAAUGCCAGGCUCGCCAAGAUCAACGGCCUAGGAGCCUGUCGAGGAAUAAUACUCAGGAAAACUAG